GUCGAACAAGUCAACAGCUACCUGUCUCGUUGUGCCCUGACAACAAAAUAUAUGUCAAAAGCAGCACGUGUGGACAUGCUUACACUGCAUGCAUUGGGGUGGAACAACAAAAAAAGGGCCUCUCUCCACAAAACACUUUCCACCAGAUAUGUUAAGACAUGUCAAAGACUUGUGGACGAGACUGCAAGGCUAGCUGAGCUGAAAACCGAGCUAGAUUGUGCAGAUGAAGUGGUUCCCCAGUGGAUCACAGAGGUGAUUCAAUGGGCAGCUGGUGAGACACCAAACACAUCUGAAGACAGCACACAGAUUGAACUUCAGCAAUCCAUUGUGGGACUCUACCUUGGUGUCAGACAACGAAAGCAAACCCUCUACCGUCAGAAUGACAGCAGCAAGCUUCGCCACCGUCUUCGUAGGAAGCUGGGGGAGGACAAAAAACGUCUUUUUCAGCAGAUACAGAGCUAUAAUGCUCUAGUGCCAGACUCUGCUAUUGAUGUGGCUGUUGUGGAGGAUUCAUUUACUGGAGAUGUGACUGUGUCUCCUGUGUGGCCGUGGGAGGUUCAUGGCAGUGCAAACAUCACAGUCAAGAAGAGACUGUACGACCAGACGAUGCUAACAAUGCGACUACAAGAGGAGAAGAGCAUUGUAGUUUUGGAGAUGGCGCAGCAUUGCACAUGGUUGCAGAGGCAGGCAGAGGACAUUCAAAACAAGUUGGCCGAGAAUGAACAGGUCAACGAAGGAAUUUCCUGUCUCUUAAGAAGACAACUGUCCGAAGUGUCCGAGCAGCUGCAAGUGGUCUUCCUUGAAUACAAGACUGCUUUAGGUCCGGAGGCCUCUGUUCACCUACAAAUUGAAGAGGAGGAUCAUAGUGCCCUCAGCAGUCCAGACAGCAGUGAAGACGAAGAGGAUAUUACAAUUUAGGUCAUGUGCUCAUUUAUGCACUGUAUCUCUCAUUCAUCCAGGUCAUGUUAUGUCCAAGGGUUUAAAUUGAGAAAAACUGAACUCAAGAACUUUUUGUUGAAGACAUUGCGCCACUUCACCAAGUGCCUUCUUCAGUUCCUCCCUUUGUACUGUAUGCUAUUUUUUGUACAUGUUCCUGUAACUUUCCAGAAGGAUAAUUUAUCUAUUCUACUCUGUGUUCAUGAAAACUUGUUUAUUCUAGACAUA